AUGCACAGUCCCCGUCUCUGUCCCCAGCGGGCCCGGCCGCCCGACGGACUUGUCCCACCCUUUGCGGUGUCUGGGGUGUGUGGCAAUGAGACCGGCAGGAGCACAGGGCCUGACCCUGCUGUUGGACUGCACCCUGACCACUGUGUGGACGGCAGCAGGAGUUUCUGGGGAACCGAGCUGGCGCCCAAGGCCUGGGUCCUCUGCGCCCCCCUUGGCAGCCCCACCGGCCUCUGCGUCCGCGGCUCCGUCUCAACGCCAGCCGCCCUCUGCUUCCGUCAGGCAGGCGCGUUUACCAGUGAGCAGAGCCGGGCCAUCUGCAGUGUGUGCGUGGACAGCUCCUCAGCCAAGUGCCCUCGCCAGGUGCUUGCGCAGCGGCGCUCUCCGAGCCCAGACACGCUGGCAGCCUGCUCCCCAGCCCAGGGCAUGGCCAAAGACACCAAGACGCCACGUCUGUUCCCCUUGGUCUCAGGAUGUGAAGCCCCAAAUGAAGGUGACCUCAUAGGCCUGGCCUGCUUGGCACAAGGACCCUCCAUAGAGUCGGUGCAGGUCAGCUCAAGCCCGGAGGCACAGGACCAGAGGCAGAAGACCCACCUGAUCAUGCUGGGGAUGCAAGGGCACACUCAGCUGUCCGUCCUGAUGGCCAACUGGAAGCCGGGCCUGCACCACUGCAGCGCAAUCAUCCGUGAGGCCACCAACAGCCCCAAGCUGCACAAGGCCAUCCAGUGGCCAGCGUCCUGGGAAGUGAGGACCUCCGGGUCGACUCGCAGGCCGUCCCUACCAGAGGACUCCACCAAAGCCCCCAGCACUGCCAGGGUCCCAGAGCUGCAGCAGGUCACCGAAGCCUCAGGAGCCGUGACGGUGGACCCAGGGGUCCCUGCAGCAGACUGCGGGAACCACACCCACCCUCCCAGCAUCUCCUGCGCGCUAAGCCAGCCCAGCACGCCUUCCCAGGUGGCAUCCACAGCACCAGGAGAGCAUGCUGCCACAGCGCCCUGCUGCCUCGCUGUCCGUGCCCUGACCGUGCCCCAAGCGGCCUUCUGGCUCCUGUGUGAGGUGUCUGGCUUCUCGCCCCCGGACAUCCUCCUCACCUGGCUCAAGGGCCAGACGGAGGUGGACCCUGCUGGGUUUGCCACUGCACGCCCCACGGCCCAGCCUGGGAACAGCACGUUCCGGACCUGGAGCGUCCUGCGUGUCCUUGCCGCCCAGGGCCCUGGCCCGGCCACCUACACGUGUGUGGUCAGGCACGACGCAUCCCGGAAGCUGCUCAACACCAGCUGGAGCCUGGACACUGGCCUUGCCAUGACCCUCCCACCCCCCCAGAGCCAGGACGAGAGCGGCAGAGACUCCACAGACCUGGAGGAUGCCAACAGACUGUGGCCCACGUUCGCGGCCCUCUUCCUCCUCACUCUGCUCUACAGCGGCUUUGUCACCUUCAUCAAGAGAGCCUGCAGGGAGCUGGAGGAAUAUACGGCCGUCAUGGGCCGUGGACGCAGCCUAGGGCCUCUCAGCCCUGAGGCCCUGGAGGCCCCCUCCCUCCACCUCCACAUUCCUACGGCGGAGCAGAUGCUGGCCGCCUGCUCACAUCUGACUUGGCUGGGCGGGACUCAGGGGCCUGGGCCCUGUUCUCUGGGGACCCUGCCCCUCACACCCAACCCCUUCCUGACCCCUGGGCUCUUACUGCAGGUGAAGUGA